AUGCUUGCGAAUUAUGGGCACUCAACAACUGUCAGGAUAAACACAGUGAUGCCUCUACGAAGAAACAGCCGCAGCGCAACACUGGAGGACGAUGAGCCGGAGGUCGCUGGUAUUGAGGUAGACCGGCUGUCCUUCAUGAACACCGCACUCCGUGCUCUCCCGGGCAACACUCUCCGUACCUUCUUUGCGCCUGUGAUGAACAUCAAGAGUGUCUUCUUCAGACGGAGGCGUCUCACGGAGAGGUAUGCCUCCUCGGAUCCGGCAAAGCUAGAGAAAGCAUUCCGGGAAGCAAUCCGCAUUCUCACAAAGGCGCUGGUCGACGCGUCGCUGGAACUCUUUGAAGUUCCUGUGCCGCUUGACGAGAAGGAGCUCGCGGCUGAGCUUAGGGGAAAACUAACGCCUAUCUGUUACGAGCCGGGGGCGGUGCUUGUGUACCCUGGCGAAUUUCCAGAGAGCAUGUUUGUCCACGUUGUCUUGAGCGGGAACGUGCAGGUGGUAAGCUUUCAGCCACAGAGCCGCAAGGGUAUCAUAGCGGACAGCAGCAAAAGACAAUACUUUGUCAACAAUGAUACGAUACGAUUGGCUGGAUCGUUGGGCCUAAAUCCAGAACUCCUUCGUUUCGCCACAACGCCGGCGGAGCCCACCAGUGAUGGUGCCAGCGAUGUCGCCUCCAUUUCAAACCUCUCAACGGCGAUUCAGCGCUCGCUCCGACGUGCGUCGCGGAUGAUUGGUCAACCAACACUCCUGCCUGCGCGCACAGAGUUGUUUCGUGCGCCAUACGUCUGCUGUGCCGCUGAAGCACUCGGUUUAGAGCCCUUCCGCCUCGCCACGAUUACAGCAGAGGCGACAGCGCCCUCAGCUAGGACAGAUAUGGGAAACGAUAUGCGAGUAACUGAGACCAUGCGCAUCCGUACCACUGACCUACAUAAUGUCCUUAUUAAGCUUGCUUCUGCACAAAUGGGAGGAGGUAGGGUUCCUCUUUUCACAGGAGGUGCAACACGGCAUCCAACCACUGUGGCGGACUACAUCACUGCAGCCCGGGUGCGGUCCAUUUCGAGCUAUUACCCACUCAACGAAAUUCUUAUGCGUCAGAGCUGGCUUCUGCAAGAUACACCUGCACACACAAUACGUGCCCUUGCCACACAACUAACACCUCGCUCGUACCUCCCAGGAGAGGUGAUAUUGUGCCCCCACACUACGUCCCGUCAGUUGUGCUUCCUGCGCCGGGGCACAAUGACUAUUGAAGAACCACCAGCGGCAACCUCGAGCGAUGCUUGCGCAUGCCAGUGCUUGGGUUUACCGCAAAAAAGGAAGGUACUACAGGAGGUCCCAGUGGGUGCCUCAUUUGGCGAGCUCUCGGUACUGUUUGGCGAGCCCAGGCACUUCGUCCUUCGAGCACAGACUUCGUGUGAUGUUUGGUGUCUCUCUCAUCAUGGCUUUGCAGCAACUGUAAGGCGUGAUGACGCCCUGCGGGGCAGUUUGCUCACCAAGGCUGCCGCGCUGCGAAUGCGUUGGCUUGGGGAGCAGAGGUUCACAGAGUCUCUGGCACAGAAGCUGCGUGAAAGCUGUGAACUCUUUCGUGACGCGUCGGAUAGUUUUAUUCGACUUGUACAGGAGCGGAUAGAGCCUGUUGUUUACCCACCAGGAACACUCCUGACGUCGACUUCUUCACGGUGUGGGGAAAUGCUGAUCAUUCUUCACGGAAAAGUAACAUCGAUUGUCGACGGCGUAGUGGAGUAUGGCCCCGGCAGCGUGAUUGGCGAGCCCGUUAUCAUCCUCCACCGCUGGCCGCUUGGUCUCGUCUCCAAGGCAAUGGUGGAAGGGUGGAAACUCAGCCGCAAUAACCUCCGCGACGCGCUCUACCGUAUUGAGGUGCUUCGCCGGCACUCGGGUGAGGUUGGUGCCCACGCGCCGCAGAUGAUGCAGCGCGUGUUUGCCCCACCUGUUCCCCAGUGCGACGUGGAUGCGGUGGGACGCUCGCGGAUGCCGUUGGUAGGGCCGCCACCGCGCGGCGAGACAUACAUGGAGUACGCACUGUGGCUUGCAGAGGUUCAGCUAAAGGCUUUGUGCUUCCGCUACCGUGAUUAUGUGAAGUGGGACGACAUCUCCUACACCACACUCCCUGGGGAGCGCAAGAUGCAGUCCAUGUCAGCUGCGGCUAUGGAGGCAAAGAUAUUUGCUGGUUCCGACGAAGUGCUGCUGGCCGUCCAACCUGUGGGUAGUGGCGCGAAUGCCGCACGUGGAGGAAAGAAAUCGGACGCCACAAAAAAGAAAAAGAAGGGUAAACCCAAGGUCAUCGCUGGGAGCACCUUCCCUUUUUAUGUAAACGCUGCCAUUGCCCACCAACCAUUUACAAAGCCUGCUUUGCGAAAACCACCCCCAGUGAUCAGUGAUGAAGAGGAUCCCUUCCUAGCGAAGCAACGAGCUUUAACUGCAGCCUGGAAGGCACAGCCGCAGGUCAAGACCAUGCCAGAGUUGGAACGGUUGGUAGGACUUGUGGAUAGCCGAGAUAAGAUGCAAAAGGUUGAGUCGAAACAAAAUCCACUCAGUGACACACAACAGGAACGUAUGGGUCUCAUCGAAGUGACACGUGCUGGUGGCCCGGCACCUGUUCAUAUCUUUCUUCAGGGCCCUAAUCCUCGAAUACAAAUCACGGUUGAGGAGGCUAUUUCUGUGGGCUACGUGCUUCAAUUUCCAGAUACGAAGCGAAUUCAGUCGUGUGUCUCUAACAUUGAUUCUGACGUAACAAUGGGACUCCCGCAACACCGACAGCGGCGACGCGAUAUGGCCCUUGCCCCGAACGAGCGUCACCACCGGCGUUGUUUCUUAUUCGCUGCCUCUCACCUGGGAGAAAAGAGCACAGAGGAGAUGCUGGUGCGAGACACCGCUACGCAGGAGGCCGACACCAGGGAGAAGGCGCAACACCUCACAACACUUCUUCUGGCGCGGCUUACUGAAAAGCGUCGUCAAUCCGGUAUGCCCAAUUCCACUGGAAUUGGAGGAGAUUUCAACGUCUCUGGGGAGUGGCGGCGAGGCUCUGGCCUCAAAUCAAUGUCACGUGGGCUUGUGACUUCAAGCUUGCAGUCGACCCCAUCCAGGGAGGUUACCUACUCUCUACAGGAGACCGGGGAGCAGGCGUUUCUGCAGGAGCUUAAGGAUAACCCAGAGAAGGCGAUGAAUAGCAUGCGCGUACGGUUUCAGGUGCCUCACGACGUAGCGGAAGGCGAGUCGCUCGAGUCCAAAGCGGGUCGUCCUUCCUCUGAGAAUUCUGGUUCACGCAGCGAAUUAUUUGAACGCCUCCGCCGUAUUUCGCUGGCAAAAGAUCCGAAUGCAGUUGAGUCAUCUUCAAGUGGGCCUCCGCCACGGCGGCCGAGUCUCAACGUCGACGACAAAGAACCAGGUGAAUCAGUGGACGCACCUGAGAAUGCCUUGGCGACAUUUUUUAAACAAGAUGAUGCCCCGCUCUUUAUCGACAACUACGGUCAGCUCGGCGUGCCGCACAACAAAGCAACGAUGGAGGUCCAAGCGUUCCAAUCGGCAUCGGAUGCCCUUGUCUCAGAGGAGUUGCAGUUUUGUGGAACUCCAGACACGAUGUCGGGGCGAGAGCACCUCAGCAUUUCUGCUUGGAUACCCUCUAAAUUUGUCAUGCCUAGCGUGAGCGAGGCCACCGCCACAAUGCGUCGAAUCCAGCGCGAUGUGGACGGUCUAAACGCUGUGGCAGAAGAGCAACGACGUGAGAGGCUUUUGGGACGACGCCGUCGCACUGACAACACAAGCGAGCCGUUCACAGACAGUACUAUGCUGGCAGAGUACCAUCGUCGUGUGGAGGGCUGGACCAACACAUACCGUGAGAACGCACGCGACCCAUUGUGCUCUGCAAGGAUUCCGUCGAUGUUGAUGGCAGAGGCGGGCACCGACUACCUCGCGGAGGAAUUUCGGCUUACGCGACAUCAGCAGGUGGAGACGACCCGCGGUGGGCAUGGUGUGGAGAUAUGGCGCGGUGAGAUGUGCGCGGGGGAGCGGCGCAACGGCAAGCCUGGAUCUGGGGCAGACAUGUGGCCCGGCAAGAACGUUCAGGGGGCGGCUGCGAAGAAGAAGUUUGGCCAGCCAUCGAAGCCGCUGCAGAACCCGACAUCCCAUAUGAACCACGAAGAAUAUCAGCGGUGGACGGCGAAGCGGGAUGCUGUGUUUGCAGCUGCGACGCCUCAACGGUGA